AGGUGAUGGCACUAAUCAAGAAGGGUCCCUGCAAGGGGAUGGAGGGGACACAGAAGGUGUGGGUGAGUGACCAGACCCAAGGAUUUAUUCUGGGUAACAUUGUUGACCUCACUAGUGAGGGUGUACUUAUCCAGCCCUUAACACGAGGUGCGAAGCCCAUCACUGCUGAUUACGACAGAGUCUAUCCAGCUGAGGAUGAUGAAGCCAAGGAGGUGGAUGAUAAUUGUGCUCUUAUGUACCUGAAUGAGGCAACUCUUCUCAAUAACAUCAGACUGCGUUACAAUCAUGAUAAGAUAUAUACAUAUGUGGCAAAUAUCCUUAUAGCAGUGAAUCCCUACACUGAUGUUCCCAACUUGUAUUCAUUGGACACCAUCAGGAAAUACCAGGGUAAAUCCUUGGGACAGAUGCCACCCCAUGUUUUUGCAGUUGGUAAGUUAAUAGGCAGCAAAAGUACAGUAUGUAACUAUUUCUUACAUACAAUUCACCAGAUUGUUUUUAACCUCAACUUCCAUCUCCUGCCAAGGCAGGUGACCCAAAGUAGGAAACACAUUCCCUAUCACUCAUUCAAUCAUUGUCUUGCCAGAAGUGUGCUAACAUCACAGUUUGGAUGGGUUCCACUGAAAACAUAUGAAGCCAGCAGUGCUCGUGAUGCAUUGGCUAAAGCCAUGUAUAGUAAAUUGUUUGACUACAUUGUUCACCGAAUCAACCAGAGCAUCCCAUUCUCCUCAUCAUCAUAUUAUAUUGGUAUCCUGGAUAUUGCUGGCUUUGAGUAUUUCCCGGUUAACAGCUUUGAGCAGUUCUGUAUUAACUACUGCAAUGAAAAGCUACAGAUGUUCUUCAAUGAACGUAUCUUAAAAGAAGAACAGGCACUGUAUGAAAAGGAGGGAUUAGGUGUAAGAAAAAUCUCCUAUGUUGAUAACCAGGACUGUAUUGAUGUGAUUGAAGCCAAAGGUUCUGGAAUCAUCAGCUUAUUGGAUGAAGAAAGUAAACUGCCUAAGUCAUCCCAUACACACUUCACUGCAGCUGUCCAUAACAACCACACCAAUCACUUCCGUUUGGCUUUGCCCCGCAAGAGCAAGCUGAGAGACCACAGAGAAAUCAGGGAUGAUGAAGGCUUUCUUAUCAGGCAUUUUGCUGGUGCUGUGUGCUAUCAGACAGCACAGUUUUUGGAGAAGAAUAAUGAUGCUCUUCAUGCAUCGCUAGAAGCUCUUGUGCAGGAGGCACAGAAUAAGUUUAUCCAAGGCUUGUUUGCUGCAUCUGUUGAGAGUCAUUCAGCACGGGGAAAACUCUCUUUUAUCUCUGUAGCUUCUAAAUUUAGAUCCCAGCUUCAAGAGCUUAUGGAUAAAUUAUCCAGCACAGGAACCAACUUCAUUCGAUGCAUCAAACCAAAUGUCAAUAUGGUGGAUCGACUUGAAGGAGGACCAAUCCUAUCACAACUUCAGUGCUCAGGAAUGACCUCGGUCUUGGAACUCAUGCAACAGGGCUAUCCUUCCCGUGCACCUUUCCAUGACCUCUACAAUAUGUAUAAAAGUUAUCUACCUGCUCAGCUUGCCAGGCUAGACCCCCGUCUUUUCUGUAAGUCACUCUUCAAGGCUCUUGGUCUAGAUGACAAGGACUUCAAGUUUGGCAUGACUAAGGUAUUCUUUCGACCAGGCAAGUUUGCUGAAUUUGAUCAGUUGAUGAAGAGUGAUCCAGAAAACCUUCAGCUCCUAGUGUCCAAGGUGAAGAAAUGGCUCUUGCAGUCACGAUGGAAGAAGUCUCAGUGGUGUGCCCUUUCUUCCAUUAAAUUAAGAAACAAGAUCUUGUAUCGCCGUGAGCAGCUUAUAAUUAUUCAAAAGAAUGUGAAAAUGUAUAAUGCAAGGAAAAAGCACCGGCCACGCUACAUGGGUAUUCUCAAGAUAAAGAGUCUACAGGGCCAGUUGCAGCAAAUGUUGGGGAUUGUUAACCAACUGAAGAAAGAGAAGGAAUCAUCACUAGCAACAGUUAAAAAGCUUGAGGGUAACAUGGAUGCUACUAUCACAAAAAUACAGACAACAGUUAUGAGCCGGGAAGAAAUUGAUAAGGAAGUUAAUGGUCUUGUUAAUUCAUUGAAUGCUGAGCUGAGUGUCUUGCAUAAAAAGCUUACUCAACAAAAGAAUGCUGAGGAACAGGAAAGAAUCCGUCGUAUUCAAGAAGAAAUGGAGAGGGAGAGGAAGAAGAAAGAGGAGGAGGAAAGAAAGAGAAGAGAAGAGGAAGAAAUUAGAAAGAAAAAAUCUGAAAUGGAAGCUCGGCGUAAGCAAGAAGAGGUGCUGCGUCGCAAACAGGAGGAGGAAGACCGGAAAGCAGCUGAAGCUUUACAGAUUCAGUUGGCCAAGGAGGAAGCUGAAUCUGAGUGCCUGGCCCAGCAAGAGGAGCAGGAACGAAGAGACCAUGAGCUUGCUCUUCGCUUGGCCAAUGAAACUAACUCAGCUGUGGAUGAUAUAGCCCCAUCACUCAAGAGCUUGGUAAAUGGAGAUUCCAGCCAAAUGUUGAAGUUGAAAAGAUCGAGCAUGGUUGAGAAGCAGCGUCUAGAUGCAGCCAAUAAGAAAUAUGACCUUAGCAAGUGGAAGUAUGCAGAACUACGAGAUACAAUUAAUACCUCAUGUGAUCUUGAGCUGUUAGAGGCUUGUCGAAGUGAAUUCCAUCGUCGAUUGAAGGUUUACCAUGCCUGGAAAGCCAAGAAUAAGAAGCGUACUACUAUGGAAGAAAAUCAGCGUGCUCCAAAAUCUGUCCUUGAUGCAGCAUACCAGGUGACAUACGUAACAGAAAAGGGGCAAGUCUGCCGUGUUGUUGGUUACAUAAAGAAAGCCAAGGCCAACCCACCCCGUGUUACACCCAAGGUAAGCCCCCCAGGAAGUACCAACAGCCAACGAUAUUUCCGAAUACCCUUUGUGCGACCAAGUGAUCAGCAUCGUGGUGAACAGCAGCAGAAGGGCUGGUGGUAUGCUCAUUUUGAUGGUGAUUGGAUUGCUCGUCAGAUGGAGUUACACCCUGACAAACCACCAAUUUUACUUGUGGCAGGCCGUGAUGAUAUGCAGAUGUGUGAACUCAGCCUGGAUGAGACAGGAUUAACAAGGAAGCGUGGUGCAGAAAUCCUCGAGCAUGAAUAUGAGAAAGAAUGGAAUCGCCAUGGUGGAAAACCUUAUGAGGGAUCAGUUGGCAGGAAACGUUAAUAAUUUAGAUGUGUGGAUUUUCUCUUUAAAGAUGUCAUUGAAUUAUGACUCUUUAUAUUUUUAUAAUUACAGUUAAAAUGUGAGAGGGUAUUAAAACAAUAAAUUUAUGAAAAUAUAAAUACAGUGCCUGCAUCUUAACAGAUGGUAUAAAGGUCUAGAGUACGAGUUUCUUUGAGGGCACUGAUUAUAAUAAAGCUAUAUUUCACAAGUGCUGUAUUGCCUACAUCAAGGUAAAGAAAAAAUUGGUACAGUAUUCCCAGUGUGCUCUAAAGAAAAAGAUUAAAAUAGUUUACCUUAGAAAUUUAACAGCUCUAUGAAUACUGAAGCAUGUUACUGCAGCUAUAAAACAAAUAUACAUGUACGUAUAAAGAUUUUUUUUUUUUCACUUCUGUAUACCUAUGUCAUAUAUUUAUGCACUAAGAAUAAUGGGCUUUUAGAAAAGAGAUUGUGAUUUAUCAGGGAAAAUUAUUUUAAUAUCAAGGACUUUAAUUUAAAAAGACUAUAUUUUUUAUUGUAAACAAGUUAGGCUUUUAAGGUGCUCUCAUGACGUUAUCACCAGUGAUGGUGCCCAGAUUUAAACUGCCUGUAUUGCCUUCAAAGUUGAACCUUAUUUAUAGUACAUCUGCUAGGAUAUUUUUGCAGUCAAGUCAAUUUUCCAGCAAAAUAUUUCUUCUAGUUAUGAGUAAGGAAGAUUAACAUUUACACAGACUAGUUGAUAUUGCCUAAGGAGGAAUUUGUCUUAUUGCUCAUGUAAAUGAAUUAAAAAAUAAUUGCAACAUAUUCUGCAUGGGAAAUGGUGUGACCAAUUUUGUUGUUUAUAUCCUGAACAGUGAAUAAUGUUUUGUCAUGUUUCAAAAGGUAUUUAACAAUGAUCAGGUGUUAAUGCCAAUUCAGGAAUAACUGAAAAUGUGUCAGUACUGACACAAAAUGUCAAACUCAUUCUUAAGAAGGAAACAUUAGUAGAUAAGCGAGUAAUCAGUUUAUUAAUACAGUAUGGAGGGGCAUUAUAUGUCGUGGCGUCUAAUCAAUAAAUUUGGUUGUAAUAAUUCACGAACUUCAAACAGUGAUUAUGUAUCAGUGAUGGUAUUAUCAAUUACUGUGUAACAAGUUAAUUAUUGCUGUAAUUUUUCUAUGAAAGUUUUUAUGUAGUAAAUGUUUGUGAUGUUAAGAUUUGUAAUGUUUGGGAUGGUGCAGCUAAGUUCAUACAUUGUGAUAUAUUAUGGAGAGUAGAUAUGCUUGACAGCUGUUGUUGCUUGGGGCAAACUCUUAUUUCCUUGAUUUCGGAUUUGGCACAUUAUUAUAUCAUGAAGGGUAAAUAUUUUUUUCUUUAUUCAGUAUAAGAAAAACAUUUAGCUAUUGGGAUGUAAUUAUAAAAACUAAAUGUCCUUCAGCAACAGAAUUACAGUAAAAUGUUAUGUCUUAGCUCAUUUUCAAGGAGAUAGGGAUGGGUUGUCACGUAUUCUUAUAGUUCACACUGAUUAUUUUUGCUUACAGAAUUGCAAUGUAUUCCUCUAAAAACAAGAGAACCUAUGUAAUUUUCUAUUGAUCCAAGGAAGAGCAUUUGUAAAUUAACCAAAGUAUAAAGUUAUAUAUACAGUAAUUUGUUUUAAUGUUCUUGACUUUGAAAAAAAAACUGUCAGCAGAUUGUUUCAUCGCCUUGAUAGUUACCAUAGAAUCUGACCUAUAUCCCUCAAGGGAGGUGCCUAAUGCCACUGAGGCACUUUUUUUUUUUUUAUCCAAGAAAUGGAACCUGUCCUUCCUUUGAAUGGAAUAGAUUGCCUCUCAUUCUCCAGGCACUACACGACCCCAUUGGGUUUAGUACUUCCCCAUAAUAAAUUUGAUAUAAAUAAACUACAGCUUUUUAAAAAAAUAUAGGAUCUUUGAUAUGAAAGAUGUUAUAUCAGUUAUUGAAGACUCCAUGUAACAGGAGAAAAUAUCUUGUUUUAUAUACAAUGUGUAAAUUGUUAAUGAACUCUUUCGCUAAUUUUUUAUGCUGUAUGUGUGUGCAUGCUGUGCUUUAGUCAGAAUGUGCAGAUUUUGCUCUUAUUUGGUAUCAAUGUUUUCCAACAGGCCAAGCAUGUCUUAACUUAUGCUGCUAGUGUGAAAUCUUGCAGAACACAAAACUAAUGUAUCUGACUGAUGUUAAAUUCUAUCAAAAGUUAAUUUAACCUUAGACAGGUUAGGUAAAUUCAAGGUAUAUUACAUGUAAAUGCUGUCAAAAGUUAGAUUAAGUUUAUUCUGGUGCAGAAUUUUGUAGUCUUUGCAAACUCAUGAAUGUCAGUAAGAAAACAUGUAUAGCUUCAAUUUAUUUUAAGAAAAUUUGACAGUUGCUUUUGCCAAAAAGUGCAUAUGUAGUGUUUGUGGAAAAAACUGAGGAUCUGCUGUAUACAUACAUUUUGGGCUUGUGUAUGUAGAACUAAGUCAUUCCACUGUUUGAUACAUUAUUUAAUUUCUCUUUCCUUAACUCAAAGCUAUUCUUCCUGUUUGUCUGCUUAACAAAAUUUUACCUAGAUCAUGUAAACUGCAUCCAUUUUGCUGGUUACAUCUGUACGGUCAUUCCUUUCUUAUUAAAGUUACUCUGAUGCAUUUUAUAUUCUUCAGAAUUGUUAAAUCUAAAUUUGAGUGAGUGCAUAAAAAUAACAAUUUUGAAUCCUCAUAGUGCUGUACGUGUUAAAAUUGGCUCAAUAUAGACUACAUUUUACUAUAUAGUGGUACCUUGGUAUACAUACAUCCUUAAUCCAUUCCAGGACCUUGGACUUAUACCAAACAGGGUGUAUACUAAAUGAAUUUUCCCAUAAAUACAGUAUAGGGAAAACGAUUAAUCCGUUCUCAUGAAAAAAAAUCCUAUUGUUAUUGGCAUAUUAUACAUUGAUGGGGUUGUAUAAAAUAAUUUAGACACUGCUUAAUACUAAAAUACAUACAUAAAUACAAGAGAAUUAAAUGAAAUAAAUGCAAAUUUAACCUCGCUUUACUUUGCUGGAAAGAGUAGAGUGCCUACUAGGAUAAUGCUGAGAAGGGAGGAGGAGGAAAUGUUAUUGUUUGGAAGGAGAGUCCCCUUCUCUCUUGUCCUCUUUUUACCUAUUUGGAACUGGUUGAAGCUCACCAGGUUUGACUUUUACUAAAAAUCUAGAUACCAUUGUUCUUGCCAUACAGUAUGCAGCAGCCAAAUCCCUGAUACAUGUGCCACCUUCAUAUUUUUCAACAAUCUCUUUUUUUUUUUUUCUCCUCCAUGGUGAUCCUAACCAUUUUCUAAGUAAAAAUUUAUACAAAAAAAAAACACAAUCACAUAAAAAUUCAGUGUUACAGCACAGGUUGUUCACUGAAUGGUAGCAACGGGCGUACUGAUGAUAGUGGGCAGUCGUGGCUUUGUCUCAAGAGGUACACAAGGGUAGCAUGCGGUGUCGUGACUCAUUUUGACCCAUACAAGUUCUAGCACGUGAAUCAUGUUCCAAACAAAGGUCAUAUACCAAGCAAAUAUUUUCGCGUCCAAACAGGAUGUAUACCAAGUUGGACUUAUUCCAAAGCGGACAUAUACUGAGGUACCACUGUAUGUGCUUCAUAUUGAUUUUCUAACUAAUUUGGAAUAACUGAGUUAUCUAACCUCAGUUUGUGAACACUUGGCAUAAUCUCUGAUUCCUAUGGGUUAUGGAGCAGGUUAACAAGUUCAUUGUAGCUUAAGACCUGUAUUGUUGUGAUUGACUUGCAGCUACAGACAUUUUGCUAAAUAUGUUUAUGAAUAUUCUUCUAUACAUGAAAAAUUGUGCAUGUAUAAUUUUUUUUUGCAAGUUACUUACUUUGUGUCAUCUUGUUAAAUAUUUUUGAAAGAGAAGCCUAUUGUAUGAUAUUGUACAUUAUUUUAAUUUACAAUAUUUAUAAAUUAUUGUAUUCGUAUUUUGUGUACGUAUAUGAAUACAUUAGAAGUCUUUCAUUAUGAACAUACCUUCAGUAAAAAAGUAAAUAAUUCAUAAAUAGCAAUGAUUGGUAAAGAAAAUUCUAGUAUAAUCACCUGAAAUUGCAGAAUGUUUAGAUACUGUAGUAUAAAUGUGUAUGAAAUGCUAUAUAUCCAGAUAUAAAUAAAAUAGAAGUAAUUA